UGAGCAUUGGACAGAGGAGGGCUUGUGCAAGCUCCGCAGUGUUGCGUUACAAGCACCGAUUCACCUUUUGAGUUUGGGUAGUGGUGUGAACAGGAAAUAUAUAACAUUGGAUUGGCGCAGCAGGCCAACAUUUAUUUAGACGCCAAACCACAACCACCAGAAAUACACGCAUUGAUAUGUCAGUCACCUCAAUGUGGAUGAGUUUGCUCAUCUUAUUUUCCCGGGAGUAUCAGGGCAUCUUCUUGAGAAAAUGCCAGAGGCGUGAGGAGGCUUUCUAAGAGGGAUUAUCUUGGGACUCUACUCUUAAUUACUUCUAGAGAGAGAGGAGGUCUAUGGUUGCUGGACGUUAGGAUCUUGAACAUCAAGCUGUAACGUUUUGUGGAUGAUUAUCUUUUGCCCUUCUUGAGCUACUUUGUGGUCCCUAGCAACCAUUGAGAUCAAGAAGAUUGAUUCUACUUAAAUCCAUCUCAUCAAAGUGCCAUCCAAAACUUGGAAAUGUGUAAGCUGCAUUCACGUUUACUUUAUUGCCACCUUGCUCCCCAUGGGCAACUGAGUUUGGAGAUUAAUUUCAAGAGUAGUUGGAAGCUGCUCUGAAAUGUAAAUACUGAAAGUUGGUCGAGUCAAUAUUUGUUUACUGCAUGAAUGCAUUCAUCUGUGAACUCAAGAGUCCUCCACCAAUCCCAAGAUAGGUUGUCAAUUUCACACUGAAAAGCCAUUCCAGCAAGUAUUUCUUCUUGGAAAGAGCACCCAAAAUAACUUCCUGGAGCAAAGAACUUUUUCACAGAACCAAGACGCAGCAGACCAAUCACUGAUUGCUAACAGAACAAUGAUUCAAAGUCAUGGUUUUCUAUGCAAACACUCUACCAUCGCCAGAAAUCUCACAUAACAAGGUGUACUUUGUGGAUAUAAAGUAACUUCUCAAAACUUUAAAGGUGCCAUCUAUAUUUUCUUCUUCAAAAGAAAAGUUUGAAACUGGCAAUGAGUUCUUAUAAGUAUUUCCUGAUGGACAGUGAUGAUAGGGAAGGCAUCCAUGAUCCUCGUACUGGAAUUACUCAUGUUCUGCCUGAGGAUUUGGACCAGCUGUUCGAGCUCCAGCCACGAGUCUGGAAAGAUGGGAUCAGGACCCACCAACUGGAGCCCCAUGACCUUCUGGACUCAAGGAGCCACUUUUUCAAGAGCAAGGUCUUCAAACAUCCUAACACGUGUCAAGUCUGUAAUGAGGUCAUCUGGAAUGAAGGAAGAUCAUGCAGAGCUUGCAAGUUUGCCUGUCAUCGGAAAUGUCAGUACAAGGUCACAACAGAAUGUAAAUCUUCUGUGAAUAAUGCUCAGCACAGUAAUAGCCUCAGCCAACCACAAGCCCAAAAACCUCAACUGAACUUGAAAAGAGUUUCCAUUGAUAGUAAUCAGAACAAGAUGACAGCUCACGUCCAUGCAGAAAUCUCACCAAUGUCCAGAGGAGGGGAGAGCAAUAUCAAGUACUCCUUUGACCUGGAUGUUGACUACAUCACAGAAAGACUCAUUGGUGUCUCCUUCCCAUCCGGAGGCUUAGAGGCCCAGUACCGUAGCAACCUCAAGGAUGUAGUACGGAUGCUCAAGAGUAAACAUCAAGAUAAUUAUGUCAUCUUCAACCUCUCUCAGAAACGUCAUGACCUCAAUAAGCUGAAUUCCCAGGUGUAUGAUCUGGGCUGGCCUGACCAUCUGGCUCCACCCUUGGAGAAGCUGUGUAGUAUCUGUAAACACAUAGAGACAUGGCUGAAGGCAGAAUCACAACAUGUGGUUGUACUGCAUUGCAAGGGAGGGAGAGGUCCCAUUGGUAUGAUCGUCUUGGCCUACAUGAAUUACAUCAACAUCACCUCGAAUUCUGAGACAGCGAUGGACAGGUACGCCAUGAAACGUUUUUUAGAAGCCAAGACUGAAUCAGCCAUGCAUCCAUCUCAACAUCGUUACGUCAAUUACUUCACUGGUCUACUGAUGAGGUCAAUACAGGUCAACAGUGCACCUCUGUUCCUGCAUCAUGUUCUCAUACAUGGAGUUCCUAAUUAUGACGUCAAUGGAGGUUGUCGACCUUUUCUGAGGGUUUAUCAGGGGAUGCAGCCUAUCUAUACAUCUCCAGUAUUUUCAGUACCAGAGGGUACCAGUCGAUUCGCAAUCACAUUGGAUCAGGCGUUGCCAAUUAGAGGAGACAUCUUGAUUAAGUGCUACCACAAGAAGUUCCGAGCAACAACGCGAGAUGUGAUUUUCAGAUGUCAGUUUCACACAACGGCCAUCAUGGAGUGUCGUCUUGUGUACCAGAAGACGGAUCUAGAUGAUGCCUGCACUGAUGCCCGAUUUCCAGAGUUCACCAAAGUGGAGUUUGUUUUCUCUCAGACGCCAGACAGACUCCAUGGGAGUGACUACGUACCUGGGAGUAACUUCCCUGUGGAUAAUUCUGAUGAUCCGCUCAUCCGAUGGGAUUCUUACGAGAACUUUGAAACCACAAUCGAUGGCGGAGAUUACUCUCCAGAGAUCCUUGACUUGUCAAUCAACAUGAACAACAACAUCCCACACAGUUCUGCUCCAGAUGGCAGCUUGUAUGCUGAGGUUCAGAAAACGCCUAGUCCCAUUCGCCAAGAUAACCCAUUCUUCCCCUACCACCCCUCAGCGCCUACAUCGCCCACAUCUAAUCAACUGAAACCCAUCAUGCCUGGUUCAGUUGACUAUGAGAUGGGUCCUCGCAGCCCCAUGCAGACUACUCAGAUGGCUGUAUUGCGCGCUAAGAUGAAUGCGCAGAAGGAUCCAGGUUACCAGACCAGUAAGCAACGAACACCCAGUCCCCGUACUCCAACUAGUGAUCCACCCAGCCCAUUGCAACCUCAAUCUCCAUCAUUAACUCAGCCUAUUAACCAGUCCCCACUCCAGAGACCCACUGAGUUAAUGAAUGGACCAAAGUCGACACCAGAGACCCCCUCUACCGCUCAGCAGAAGAGGAUGAUGAAUUACAAGGAGAGACGAGACCUGGAUGAUCUGCUUAGAGGUAUUGGAGAUAACGCACCUGUCAAUCCCAGCUCUGAUAGCCAGAGACCAAGGGAUGAGGUGGUGGAAAAGAGAAAGAUUGUUGACAUCCAAGCCCAGAUGUCGCAGCUUCCUCCAAUGGAAUCUCAACGAUCACCAACUCCAAAGAUUUAUUACCCUCAGCCUCGGAGUGCGUUAGAUCUUGAGAAUCCAUACGCUGAAAUCACUGAUGCUGUCCCAAUCAGGAGUAUGGCUCUGAAUCCUGAGGCCAGCCAGCCCAGUCAGCCCAAUCAGCCACCCAUCGUAGAGCAAAUAGCUUUCACCCGUGUGGAGCCUGUUGAGAGUAUGAAAAUGCCAGAUUUGGAUAAACUCAGAACUCCACAGAACCAUGACAACCCGACCUAUGCAGCAACUAAGGACAGAGAUCGGGGCUCACAAUCAAGUACACCUCAAAGGAACCCAGAUGUUUCACAUUUGAAUAAUGUUAAUCAGUAUGCGUACCCAUUAGGCUCAAACCAACCUUCACCGGUUUGGGAACCUCAGCCUUUACGGGCAAAGAAGGAACAAAUUAUGUUCAUCUACAAGGAAGAUCCAACGUCUCCUCGAGGUCCACCAGUACCUCCCUUACCUGAGGAGUAUCUCCGCAAUCAAUCAGACCAGCCUGAUUCAUCUCAGGUACUGUCUAGCAACAGGACAUCCUCAGAAGUCAGUGACGAUGCAAUGACAUGGCUUCAGAAGCAGCAACAGAAACUUAAAGAGAAGCGUGAAAGAGAAGGUGCUGUCGAGAAUCCCACCUUUCAAACACCUAGAAGGGAACUCCCUAGGGUUCCUGAACCAAGACGAGAGGUCUUCACUCAGCCUGACAGGGUUCCUGAACCAAGACGAGAGGUCUUCACUCAGCCCGACAGAGCGCCUGAACCAAGACAAGUUGUCUCCCCUCAGUCUGACAGGGUGCCUGAACCAAGACAAGUAGUCUCCCCUCAGCAGGACAGGGUGCCUGAACCGAUGUACCAGUCACAGAUCAUGACAGCUCCCAGGGAUGAGAUACCAACGGACAACCUGACCUGGCUGGAGCAGAAACAGAGGAAGCUUCAAGAGAAGAGACAAAAGGAAGAGCAAUCAAGUCCUUUAUUUAUUAACACCUCUUAUCAGAGCCCGUCUUAUGGCACACCUUCCAGGACAGAUUCCUCUGGU